GCGGCGGGCGGCGGGGCCUCGGGGGCGGGCCGGGCUGCCGGGGACCCGGCGUCCCUGCUCUGGGGCUGCAGACCUCGCGGGAGAGCGCGGCGCUGCGCGGCGCAGAUUAAAAAUAAAGAAACAUAAACCAGAUGCAGCAGUUUCUUGACAUGGAGAAACAAGCCCAAAAUACAGUGGGAGCUUCUCCUUGUGAGGCUGAGCUUCAAGAAUUAAUGGAACAAAUUGACAUCAUGGUAAGCAACAAAAAAUUGGAUUGGGAAAGGAAGAUGCGGGCUUUGGAGACACGAUUAGAUCUUCGGGAUCAAGAGUUGGCAAAUGCACAAACUUGUUUGGAUCAGAAAGGUCAAGAGGUGGGGUUACUCAGACAGAAGUUGGACAGUCUGGAAAAGUGUAACUUAGCAAUGACUCAGAAUUAUGAAGGACAACUACAAACCCUAAAAGCUCAAUUUUCCAAACUAACUAAUAGCUUUGAAAAACUGAGAUUACACCAGAUGAAACAAAAUAAAUUUCGACGAAAAGAAUUACCACACCCCAAAGAAGAAACACCCUUUGAACUGAGCAAUUUGAACCUGAAAUUAGAGGAAUUUAGAACAAAGUCAAGAGAAUGGGACAAGCAAGAGAUACUAUAUCAGACUCAUCUGGUUUCUUUAGAUGCUCAACAAAAGUUAUUAUCUGAGAAGUGUAAUCAGUUUCAGAAACAGGCACAAAGUUACCAAACUCAGCUAAAUGGUAAAAAACAGUGCAUAGAAGACAGCAGCUCUGAAAUUCCUCGGUUGAUGUGUGAGCCAGAUCCCAGCUGUGAAACCAAUGAAAGAGAUGAGUUCAUUAUCGAAAAAUUAAAAUCAGCUGUGAGUGAAAUAGCAUUAAGCAGGAAUAAGUUACAAGAUGAAAAUCAGAAGCUCUUAGAAGAACUGAAAAUGUACCAAAGGCAGUGCCAGGCCAUGGAAGCAGGACUCUCAGAAGUGAAAAAUGAGUUACAGUCACGUGACGAUCUCUUGAGAAUUAUAGAAAUGGAGCGGUUGCAGUUGCACAGAGAAUUAUUAAAAAUAGGCGAGUGCCAAAAUGCUCAAGAAAAUAAAAAAAGACUUGAGUUGUCUUAUUCACCUUCUAUUAAAGAACCAGAAAGGAAAAGGAAAGAGCUGUUUUCAUUGACCCCAGAUCAACCAAAUCAUGAAAAAGAAUUGAACAAGAUAAGAAGCCAACUCUAUCAGGAGGAAGAGUACCAAGGCUCUGAGCAGGAAAGAAUGAGGAAUGAAAUCUGCGACCUAACAGAGGAGCUUCAUCAGAAGGAGAUCACUAUAGCAACUAUCAUGAAGAAAGCUGCCCUUCUGGAAAGACAGUUAAAAAUGGAGUUAGAAAUAAAAGAAAAAAUGUUAGCAAAACAACAGGUCUCAGAUAUGAGAUAUAAAGCUGUCAGAACUGAAAACACACAUCUAAAAGGAAUGAUGGGAGAUUUAGACCCUGGACGGUACCUGGCAAGUGAAAUUACUGAUAUCAAGUGUGUGGACUUCACUAACAGAGAACAAUCAAGGCAUACAUCUAUUAACAAACUGCAGUAUGAGAAUGAAAGGCUCCGAAAUGAUCUUGCAAAACUUCAUGCCAAUGGAAAAUCAGCAUGGGCUAAUCAAAAUACCUAUGAAGAAACAGGCCGGUACACCUAUCAAAGCCAAAUAAAAAUGGAAAAAAAUGAAGAUAGCCAAGAUUGUGAGCCAAAUAGAAGUGCAACACCUCCAUUGCCACCUUUGCCGUUUCAAACCAAAGAAAUGACAAGUCCUUUGCUUAGUGAUGAUGAAGUAUUCCCACUGUCUCCCCCAGACAUGUCUUUCCCAGCUUCUCUGGCUGCACAGCAAUUCCUUCUGGAGGAAGAAAUGCGAGCAAAAGAACUUGAAAAACUUCUAAAUACGCAUAUUGAUGAACUGCAAAAACAUACAGAAUUUACUCUUAAUAAAUACACCAAGCUAAAACAAAAUAGACACAUAUGAGCUUUUAAACUUUUUUGUUUGCUUCCCCUACCCCAAGCAAAAAAGCUCUGGCAAAAUAUUUACAAAGCUGAUUAAUGAAACUGAGAAAUUUUGUUGUUUUCUUGAGUAAAUCAUUUUGUAAGGCAGCUAGAAAAUAGUAUUUUCUUCGAUAAAACUGUUUGUACUUCUGCAUUCACGUAAUGAAUUGUUCAUCUGUAGAGUUACUAUAAAAUAAAACAACUCCAGAAGAGAUUUUUUUUUUCAGUCUAAGGACUAUUUUGGAAGUAAAUAUGCAGUUGUUUUCCCACCUAAAUCGUGUAUACUGAAAACCCGUUUCCUCUGUAACAACGCAGAAGGAGGGAAAGAAAAGCACUGUAUUCCAAACCUAGAUGAAUCCAGCGCAGCCCAGUUGUGCUAGGUUUGAAAACUCAAGGAUUUUUAUAAAUGAAAACAUUAAGUAUUUUUGAGCUACGUAAACAUCCUAAAAUUUCUUUUAGGAAAAAAAAAGAUAUAGUCUACUGUUUCUGCAUUUCCCUUUGUGAUGUUUCUCUGUUUCAACACAAUAAAGGACAUGGAAUGUGCUGUGUACACACUCAAAAUAUAUGUGCCAAAGAUUAAUGCUUUCCUGUUAGUGCUAAUUGCUUCAUGGACGUGAACAAGAUAAAGCAAAUAUAAAGCAUUACUGUUGUUACGUUCUCGUUUGUAAUCACUUCUAUUUUUAAUAUGUUAAAGGGAUACAAAAUUCUAUGGACUUAAAACAUAAAUGCCAAAUCUGUAUAGAACAGUAAUAGCAUGGUAGUGAACAAUAAAAUUCAAGUUACAAAUAUGCAAACAUGAUAAUCCAUUAUUGUUUCUUUCAAAAUGAUAUUUAUAUAAAGAUUAUGAAAAAAUCCCUAUGUAGUUACUCAAGGUAAGUCCUACAACUUUUAUAUUUUUCUUUUUCUCUUGGAAGAAACUAAAUCUCAACAUACCACAGGUAAGUCAAGAUGUGUUUAGAUAACCAGUGUCAUUGUCAUGUGAAAAAUGCAGAGCACUGACAAGACCACGUGGAUUUGUAUAGCUCUUGGUCUUUGCAAAAAGCCUUCGCAUAGCAUUAUUCAUUUCAGCCCCAAACAAGCCUGUGAAGUCAGCAAGGUUCGCGUCCUUGUUCCUGAAAAUCAAGCUGUUAAGGAACUCACUCAGAAUCACCGUGAGCAAGAGUCAGGAACACCUGGCUUCUGAUUCCUGGCUCCGACUCUUACUACUUGCCGGUAUCGCCUCUUACGAGCAAGCAGAGGUGAACAAUGCUGUAUCUGCAGAAGCCAUGUCAUCACAAAACAUCAGAGGGUACAAAGCCUUUACUGUACCCCAGAAAGCCUCACAGGAGGAAAAUAAUAAAAGUUACAUUUCUAGCCUAGACACAAAGAAAAUACUUUUCAAUGUUAUCUUUGGAAGAUGGGAAGAAAAAUUAUGUUUAGGAAAAGCGAAUUCCAUAAAGAAAUUCUAAAACCUUUAUCCCUAACACAAAUGCAAACAAUGCAAAAGUUUAAAUAUGCAUAUCAUUAUCAUCCCUGAACUCUGAAUGCCACUUCCUUCUCUUCAAGGGUAAGACGUGAUUGACGGUUGUGUGCUGAAAUAAAGAUCUAGGCUACGAUGUUCUUAGAGCUUAGCGAACUUGGAGAAUGUCCAGGACUAACAGUGAAUUUGUUCCUCUGGAAUUAUUAUUUCAAGUCCAUAAGCAAACUUCUUUUAAAUCAGUAGUUCAGCAUUCCACUUACUACCAGCUUUCUUAAA